GAAUCUCAGUUCUUAAAUGGGAGGCUUCCGACCCACUGCGGGCCUUCCGGAUCUCCGGACCUGCACCUGGGACUUGGACUGCUCAGCUGAACUUGCCCCCAGCUGAUCUGCCCUCGCCGAACCUGAACAGGGGGGCCAGCGGAGGAACCAGCGCGGCCACCUGCCUCGGGGAGGUUUUGAAACAUGCAUCCUUCUCUCUUCCUGGCUGCCCUUUGCCUGGGAAUAGCCUCAGCUGCUCCACAACUCAAUCAGAGCUUAGAUGAACAAUGGUACCAGUGGAAGGCAACACACGGGAAGCUGUAUGGAGUGUAUGAAGAAGGAUGGAGGAGAGAUGUGUGGGAAAAGAAUAUGAAAAUGAUCGAACAGCACAAUUGGGAACACAGCCAAGGGAAACACAGCUUCAGGGUGGCAAUGAAUGGCUUUGGUGACAUGACCAAUGAAGAAUUUAAGCAGAAGAUGAAUGGCCUUCAAAUGCAGAAGCACAAGAAGGGGAAAAUGUUCCAACCACCUCUCUUUGCUGAGAUCCCCUCCUCUGUGGAUUGGAGAAAGAAAGGAUACGUAACUCCUGUAAAGAAUCAGGGUCAGUGUGGUUCUUGUUGGGCUUUUAGUGCAACUGGUGCUCUUGAAGGACAGAUGUUCCGGAAAACUGGCAAACUUGUUUCACUGAGUGAGCAGAACCUGGUGGACUGCUCUCAGCCUGAAGGCAAUGAGGGCUGUAAUGGUGGCCUAAUGGAUUAUGCCUUCCAGUACGUUAAGGACAAUGGAGGCCUGGACUCGGAGGAAUCCUACCCAUAUCAUGCACAGGAUGAAACCUGCAAAUACAAGCCCCAGUAUUCUGCUGCCAAUGACACUGGCUUCUUUGACGUCCCUCCGCGGGAGAAGGCCCUCAUGGUGGCUGUAGCAACCAAGGGGCCCAUCUCUGUUGGUAUAGAUGCAAGCCAUUUUACCUUCCAGUUCUAUCAUGAAGGCAUUUAUUAUGAUCCAGACUGCAGCAGUGAAGACUUGGACCAUGGUGUUCUGGUGACUGGCUAUGGAACUGAUGUAGGACAGUCAUAUUGGAUUGUCAAGAACAGCUGGGGUAAAAACUGGGGCAUAGAUGGCUACAUAAAGAUGGCCAAAGACCGGAAAAACCACUGUGGAAUCGCCACCAUGGCCAGCUUUCCUAUUGUAUGAGAUGAUCUCUAUAGAAGGCCUUGAUUAGGAACAGAUAUCCCAAAGAAGAAUCUUAUCUUACUACUGACCACACCUUGUUGUGUGGAAUAAAACACUUGAACCCUGGA